CUGCCGCACACUGCGUCCCGGACACAUUUAAGAAAAACGGGCCAGAGGAAGAAGUCAACAUCUGCUGAGCCAUAACAAGAUUAAGGUUAUGAAACAAUGGAUGACUGACAAAUAAGAAAUAUUGACUUUACCUUUACCAAGAGCAGAGCGUCGCAUCACUCUUUGACUUUCUUGGCAAAAGGGAGGCAACUUCGUGCUUGGAUUUUUUUUUUUCCGAAAGUUUCCAACUUUGUGAAGGAUUUUAUAUUUAUUUUUGAUAUAAAAGAAAUCCUGUCAUAGAUAAGUCUUUCUCCUCCAAAGACUUGUGUUGGGGAUGUUGAGCUCUGUGAAGAUGGAAGCCCAUGAUCUACCAGAGUGGAAUACUUUCUACAGCGAGGCCAGUGAGAUGUAUUCCUCUCCCAGCACCAUGAACUCUGGUCUGGGCUCCAUGGGCUCCAUGGGCACCAUCAACAGCUACAUCAACUUGAACCCGGCCACCGCCUCCCCUGCAGGCAUGAACAUGGCGUACCCAAGCUCCAGUCUCAGCGGUUCCCCGCUAACUUCCAUGGGCUCCGCGCCCGGCCACAUGUCCCUCUCCCCAGUGGCCUCGUCCCUCAGCUCGGGUCCUUUGACCCAGCUGGGCCCUGCUGCUCCAGGCUCCCUGGGCACCUUGUCCCACUACCAGAACAUGGGCCAGUCAAUGAGCCAACUGGGGUACUCCUCCACUGCCACCCUGAGCCGGGCCGGGCCCAAGGAGAUUCCCCCGAAGCCCUACCGACGCUCCCUGACCCACGCCAAGCCACCAUAUUCCUACAUCUCCCUCAUCACUAUGGCGAUCCAGCAGAGCGGCAGCAAGAUGCUCACCCUGAACGAGAUCUACCAGUGGAUCAUGGACCUGUUCCCCUACUACCGCGAGAACCAGCAGCGCUGGCAGAACUCUAUCCGUCACUCGCUCUCCUUCAACGACUGCUUUGUGAAGGUGGCUCGCUCGCCGGACAAGCCGGGCAAAGGCUCUUACUGGACUCUGCACCCCCAGUCAGGCAACAUGUUUGAGAACGGCUGCUACCUGAGGCGCCAGAAACGCUUCAAGAUCGAGGACAAGAUGGCAAAGAAAGCAGGAAAGAGCCAUGAGGGCUCAGGGAAAGGAGGCCACGGUGGAGACCACCUGAUGGAGGAUCACAGCCCCACAGGAGGAUCAGAGGGCGCCGACUCCGCCCACUCAGACAACUCCCACCCGGGCUCCUCAGAUGACCAGCCGCAUCCACGAAACUCACUGGUUCCACUAGACUGCCCUCAACUGUCCUCCUCACACCUCCACAGCCCACCUGUCUCCCUGCCACCCUCUUCCUCCUCCUCGUCCUCCAUCCCUCCAUCCUCCUUGUCCCUCUCAGCCACCUCCUCUUCCUCCUCCAACCCUCUUCUCCACUCCCAGUCUUUGGUGGGUAGCGGCCAUCUCCUGCCCAGCACCAUGCAGCACCACAUGGACCUACAGAACGAUGCCCUCAAGUCCCUGGACCCCCACUACAACUUCAACCAUCCCUUCUCCAUCACCAACCUCAUGUCCAACGAGCAGAAGAUGGACCUCAAGUCCUACCAGGACCAGGUGAUGGCCUACAACAGCUACACCGGCGGUUCUCCUGUGGGAGCCAAGCAGAUCUACGACAGCCCAGGGCCAGCCGCCAUGGACUCAGGCGCUUACUACCAAACUCUGUACAGCCGCUCGGUGCUCAACGCCUCCUAAUAUGGACACUCACCCCCACACACACACACAAACACACCUGUCUGUAGAGGUGAGCCAAGAUGGAGACUUGUCUUUCUCUCUGCCUUUUCUAAAAUGGACACCCAAGCUCUCUUUAUCUUCCUCUUUCUUUCUCUCCCCCUCUCUGGCUCACAUCCAGUGGCCUUGGAAGAGACUCACAUCUAAAAUGGCUGCCGUGUUUGAGGGGCAAAAGAAAAUUUUUUUUCUUUUACCAACUCUGAUGAACAUGGAGACCGGUUGGUUACAUGGAGGACAGAAAAGUGAAGCUGGAUGAAAAGAAGUCUUAACUAAUGAUGAAGACAUUUGGCUCGUACGUGUGUAAGUCAAUACAGAAGUCAGAUGUUGUCGUAGGACCACUGCACGUGGUGAAAUUGGCUCUGUACAAAAUGUAAAUAGAGGUAAUGUGGGGGGAAAAGGAUAUUUGCAUUUAUUUAUGAAGGGAAUAAAUUUUAAUAUAUCUUGUAUAGCGCUCUGUUGACCAGUUACAACCCCAAUGUGAGUUUUUUUAUCCAAAGUUGGAGAGAAGGAGGCGAGUUUCAGGUUACUGCGUCAGGCAAGUGUUACUGCAGCGGGAGACAGUUUUUUUGUGUGUGUUACAGCAUUUCACACUACAUUCCGUCAUUUCUGCCAGAUCAGGCAUCCGUCAAUGUAAAUGUAGCUCAUGAAGUCUGAACUUUCAAAAAAAUGGUUUGUUAUUUUGGUUGUUAUGAAGAAAAAAAAAGCCAUUAUGUUCUUGCUGGAGCGCAGAGGAAACAGAAGUAUAAAAAAAUCUUCUGCUGCCGCCAGAAUGAACGAGGCAAAGUAACUGUGGUAAAAACUAAAAAAAACCAUGUCAUGUUUAUGUUUUUCAUUUCCCACAAUCAUUUUCCUGUUGUUACCUACAGGAGCAUUAAAACCAAAUGCUUCUCGACAGACUGUAACAUUUUGAAUAGCAGAUAGCUGGUGAGGUGCAUGGGGGAAUUCAGUCAGUUACUAAAACAGUGGAGGGGAGGAGAGAUGCACUAUGGGAGGAUUUACAUACAGUACUUUGCACUAUGGAGCUCCCACUGGCCAGGUGGGCUGAUAGUGUGUGUGUUUGUGUGUGUUACAACAAUACUUCAGGACACCCCCUUACACUGUCAAUGCAUCGGCUCAAUGGGAUCAGUGUCUGGGGGUGUCAAAUAACCCUCGCUGUCCAAAAAGUGCCUUCUCUUCAAACGUCUGCUGAUCUAAUAAGUGAUCAAUGUAUCGACGAUCUAUUGAAGGAUUAUUCUGAUAAAGAGGACGCAGAAGUUUCAGGUCACAUGAUGUCCUUUGUGGAGCAUAUUUUAGUUUCAGAGAGAAAUGUCUUUAUUUAAGCUAUGUUGCUUUUCAAACUUUGAAAGUGUGCUGAUAUAAUAUAUUGUUUUUUUUUGUUGUUGUUUUUGUUGGUUUAAAUGUGAUUAAAAUGAUUCAUGUUUCAU